GGGCGGGGCUCUGCCGCCCUCGGUCGAGCUACUCUCCAGCACCGGCCCGCAGAGGCGGCUCCGGAGGGGCGGGGCAGCUCCUCCCUCGGGUCCGCUGCGAGCCCGCACCUCCCAAUUCCCGGAGCCGAGGAGGGCUCGCGGCGGCUGCUUCGCUGGGCUCCAGGUUGGGCUGCCGGGCUCUGGGCCAGGGCGGGCGGGAGCGGGGCGACGGCUUGCGCGGAGGGCGGCGGCCUGGGCCCGCCGAGCCAUGGCGGCCCCGGAGCCGGCGCCGAGGCGAGGCCGGGAGCGCGAGCGGGAGCGGGAGGACGAGAGCGAGGACGAGAGCGACAUCCUGGAGGAGAGCCCGUGUGGCCGCUGGCAGAAGCGGCGGGAGCAGGUGAACCAAGGGAACAUGCCGGGGAUCCAGAGCACCUUUCUAGCCAUGGACACGGAGGAGGGGGUAGAAGUCGUGUGGAACGAACUCCACUUCGGGGAUAGGAAGGCCUUUUCGGCCCAUGAGGAGAAGAUCCAGACCAUGUUUGAGCAGCUGGCGCUGGUGGACCACCCCAACAUCGUCAAACUGCACAAGUAUUGGCUGGACGCCUCUGAGGCCCGCGCGAGGGUCAUCUUCAUCACAGAAUACGUGUCGUCUGGCAGCCUCAAGCAGUUCCUCAAAAAGACCAAGAAGAACCACAAGGCCAUGAACGCCCGGGCCUGGAAGCGCUGGUGUACGCAGAUCCUGUCGGCACUCAGUUUUUUGCACGCCUGCAGUCCCCCGAUCAUCCACGGGAACCUGACCAGUGACACCAUCUUCAUUCAGCACAAUGGCCUCAUCAAGAUCGGCUCUGUGUGGUACCGCAUCUUCUCCAAUGCGCUUCCUGAUGAUCUACGGAGCCCCAUCCGUGCUGAGCGGGAGGAACUUCGAAACCUGCACUUUUUCCCACCAGAGUACGGCGAAGUCAAUGAUGGGACUGCGGUGGACAUCUUCUCCUUUGGGAUGUGUGCACUGGAGAUGGCUGUACUGGAGAUCCAAGCCAAUGGGGAUACCCGGGUCACAGAAGAGGCCAUUGCUCGGGCCAGGCACUCACUGAGUGACCCCAACAUGCGGGAAUUCAUCCUCUCCUGCCUGGCCCGGGACCCUGCCCGCCGGCCCUCCGCCCACAACCUUCUCUUCCACCGAGUGCUCUUUGAGGUGCACUCGCUGAAGCUGCUGGCAGCUCAUUGCUUCAUCCAGCACCAGUACCUUAUGCCUGAAAAUGUGGUAGAAGAAAAGACCAAGGCAAUGGACCUCCACGCAGUCUUGGCUGAGAUGCCCCAGCCCCAUGGACCCCCAAUGCAAUGGCGGUACUCAGAGGUCUCCUUCUUGGAGCUGGACAAAUUCCUAGAGGAUGUCAGGAAUGGGAUCUAUCCACUGAUGAACUUUGCGGCUGCCCGUCCCCUGGGACUUCCCCGUGUGUUAGCCCCACCCCCAGAGGAGGCCCAGAAGGCCAAAACCCCAACGCCAGAACCCUUUGACUCGGAGACCAGGAAGGUGGUCCAGAUGCAGUGCAACCUGGAGAGAAGUGAGGACAAGGCCCGGUGGCACCUCACUCUGCUUUUGGUGCUGGAGGACCGGCUACAUAGGCAGCUGACCUAUGACCUGCUCCCAACCGACAGUGCCCAGGACCUCGCCGCUGAACUAGUGCACUAUGGCUUCUUGCACGAGGACGACCGGACGAAACUAGCAGCCUUCCUGGAGACCACCUUUCUCAAGUACCGUGGGACACAGGCUUGACCUUCCCAGUCCUGGCAGCCCAGCAGGGAUACCAGGGUUCAGGGUUGUCCACUUGGCAAAGAGCCCCCAUACUGCUCAGAGCUGCCUUCUGCCUGUGUUCCCUGGAGCCAAUGAACACAGGCCCUGCUAGUGAAGACACCGCCCCACCCCACUCCCAGCUUUCUGCAGCAGUGAGGGUCCCUGGGGUGGUGAUGGAGCCCCAAGCCUAGAUGGGAGUAGAGGAUACAGGUCAUUUAGGGGAACUACUCCAUCUGUUAUUGGACAACAACCAUGCCUUCAGGUGACAUAGGAACCCAGGGAAGGAGCCCGAACUCAAAAGUAAUAGAGCUCCCUUCAGGUGUCAAACACAGUACUGGGCAUCAGGCAGACUAGACCUGGUUGGAGAAUCAGAGGUUAGGGAGCUUAGAGUUGGACCCCGGCAAACUCCCUGGUCCCACCCAGACCAGUCCCAAUCCCAUGCAGACCUGCCCUGAGCCCUCUCUCUGCUCUUCCACAAACUUGAGACCAGGGCCUGUUUCCUCCCCAAAGUCCUCCAGCAGGAUCUGUCUGUUCUGCAUUCCUGAGGGCUCCGAGGUCAGGUGUCCUCUGCACCUCCUUGCUGGGGAAGCUGUGUGUCGGAGCUCUGAGGUCGUGGGCUUCUGGCUCCCUCUUUCUCCCUAACCCAACUUAUCUCAAUCUUACUCAUUUCAAAGUCCUGAUAGAUACUUCCUCUCACAACCACCCUGAUCUCUUGGUUCUUGAACUGCCUGUCUUCCAACUUCAGAUUUAAAGUCUUAAAUGUUUUUAAAACGUAUGUAUAAAUUUAAUGCCUUCAAGUUCCUUUUUAAACACUUCUUCAUGUGUGAAACCAAGAAAGCUCACGACUGUGUUAUAAAUAGUUCCACAUCGCUGCCGUCACACUUAUCACAAAACCAGUGGCUGGGGACAACACAAAUACAGUUCUGUACAUCAGAAGUUUGAUACCGGCUCUCACUAGAUUAAAACCCGGGCAUCAGUGGCUAAGUUCCUUUCUGGGAGGUAGGGGGGUUGGGUGGUGGUGGGGCUCACCUCCUGCUGCUUCACGCUAUUGGCAGAAUUCACUCCCCUGCCAUGGUAAGGCAGAAAUUCCUACUUUUUUACAGCUGCCAACUAAGAACCCUUCUCAGCUUCUAGAAGCCACCAACUUUUCUUAACUCACCUUCCACCUUCAAGACCAGCAGCGUCAGGUUGAACCUCCCUCAUGGACUAGCUGUCUGGUUUCCCACUGCCUGGAAGGUUGGGGCCUUUUGUGAGUAGGUUGGACCCACCUAGAUAAUCUAGAAUGCUAUCCCUCUCAGGGCCUGGAGAUGAAUCACACCUGCAGAGUACCUUUCUUGAUGGAGACUAGUCAUCCUGGGUUUUGGUGCUUACAGAAUGGAUGUGGCACAGGCAGGGGUGGGGGCGUGUUGUGUUACCUACCAUAGCAUCUCAACCAAAACCUAAACCUAAAAUAAAGCAGAUUUGUCAUGGGACACUUAAUAAAGUGAAUGAACACUGAUUAUGUAUGGUCUGACAUAGCUUAUUUGGAAAAUCCAUAACAGAUUGCACAAGUGAUUAAACUGAACUUGAAAGCA